AUGAUGGGCUUUGUGUCCCUCGACUUCCCGUACUUCCCGACACUGAUGGUCACUGCAUCCUCACCCACCCAUUCGUCGGCAGCUUACCGCUGCAUCGAUCGGCUACUACAGCUUAGCCUGCCUGCACAACUCGACUUUUUGGGCCCUCUUAUGCCCUCGAUCUCGACGCAUGGUUCCCACAUGUUAGUCAUUACAAGGAUGUCCGGUAACACUGCGGACUACGCUCCGUCCAAUUCGCUGCGUGAAGGGGGGAAAAUAGUCGCCAAUAGCCUACACAUCGUCCCCUCCAAGCUAUAUAUCUACUAA